AUGCAGGGGCUGCGGGUCCGGGCGGAAGUGGGGCAGGCGGGCGGGAGCGAGGCGUCACCGUUGUAUAUUCAUGAAGCGCGCGCAGCUCGGCAUGCUAAUGAGGCGGGGCGCGGCGGCCGGCUAAGAAGCUGCUGGGCGGCGGCGGCGGCUGGCGCGGAGCAGCCGGGCGGGAGCGGCGUAGGCGCGGGGUCAGUGGCCAGCGCGAACCCGGACAUGGAGCCGUCCGGUGGGGGCCCGGGGCCCGGCCGUGGGACCCGGGACAAGAAGAAGGGUCGGAGCCCGGAUGAACUGCCUGCGACGGGAGGCGACGGCGGCAAAUCCAAGAAAUUCGUGAGUGUCCCUCCCACCCCGCUCCCUCAGCCUUGCCCGAUAGCUGCCCCGCUGGACUCCGGAGACCUCCGCAGCCCGCCCCGGGGGCGCUUGCCGGUGUCUCGGGAGCCGCCCCCGCGCCUCCCUUCCUCGUUUCUCUGGGUCCUUGGCUCGGCAAUCCGAAUUCUCCCCCUCCGGGACCUCGGGAAGCCCCGGAGUCCCACCUGGCCCGGACCCCGCUACCUCAGG